AUUCGGAGCAGACGCUCGAAUUAAAUAUAAUUAAGUAAGGAAUUUUUUUAGUUUUAUGAUUUUUCGUGAAUAAAUAAACAAUGAAGUGACACACUUUAACAGUUUUUUCAUGAAUAUACAAUACUUUCAAACGUUCCUGCCAACAGAAGUAUCUAUAUAUUUGGGUUUUCUGCAUCUUCUGUGACUUUGUUGCAAAACUUAUAGGUUAGGUAAUGGAAUAUUGAAGAAAUAAAUUAGCCUAAAUAUCAGUCAAAAUGUUCAAACAGCCUCUAAAAUUAAUCACUCCAAGCAGCCUAAAUGCAAUUAAUGUUUACCUUCGACAAGAAGCCUCUUGUUCAACUACGACUGCACCAGUAAAAAAAUGGAAGUGGGAUUUAGUAAGCGCAGUUUGUUUAGAACGUCAUCCAAUUAUUACAAAGCCAAUGACUGAUUUGGAACAGAGGUUUCAAGAAUCUCUAAACCAAAUCGAAUUCGAAAAUAGUUACAAGUCCGAUCAUGAAUUGAAAGUAGAACAGGACAAUAAGCUAAAAGGUCAACCAGUCAAUGAUGACACCGAAGUAACUAUUAAACAAACUGCUCAAGAUUUCGAAGAUGCUUAUAAAGAAGAGUUUGAGAAAUUUAACUUCGCUUCCAGAAUCACAGAAGCGGAUGAGAAAAAAAUUACGAAUUCACUGAAGCGAAAGCUGGAUAAUACUUUACUUUUGUUGACUGAACAAAAAAGAGGGACUGAAUUGUUAUGGCUUCCUCCACAAGGAAUCAGAAAUGAAGGAGAAUCCAUGAGACAAGCAGCAGAAAGGGCUCUGAUCGACAGCUGUGGGAGCGAUUUAACAGUAAAAUUUUAUGGAAAUGCACCUAUUGGUUUCUAUAAGUACCUUUAUCCAAGAGCAAAAAGAAGUGAGGGUUCCGAUGGUGCUAAAGUGUUUUACUUCCUAGCAAAAUACGAAAAAGGAACCGUUCCAGAAAAGUUAAACCACCAAUGGCUCGACAGAAAAGAGCUCACUGAAAUCUUGCAUAAGGACAUACGAAAAUGUUUAUUUCAGUUUUUGAUCCCCGAAGAGUCCAACUAGUCUUGCAAUUGUACAGUGAUUCAAUUUCGUCAUUGCGUAGAUCCCAUGUGAACCAUAGAUUGUCAACAAUGAUUUCUGAGAGUGUAAAUAUACAUAAAAACAUACGGUUUGCUAUUGCAAAGAUUCUCUUCAAAAUCGCAUUCUCUAGACAGUCACAAUGAUAAAAUUGGGGGAAAUUAUCCUUUUUUCAAGAGAAAAUAUAUAGGACUUUGGUUUUAUACAGGCACUUUAUUAUGUAUAAAUAAACUGUUUAUGCCUA